CCUGCCAGUGGAUCAGUCAGUCAUGGCGUGUUUGAAUAACUUUAUCGUUGCGGUUCUCCUCCUAUUGGGUCUACACUGCGCCCUUGGACGAGCGGCCGCCGUGGAUGUGGAUGACCUUGAGAGGGCCGCCACCAGCACGGACACCACCAGAGAUUGGUGGCAGGUGGCGCAGUUCUACCAGAUCUAUCCGCGUUCCUACAAGGACUCCAAUGGCGACGGCAUCGGUGACCUGCAGGGCAUCAUUUCCAAACUGGACUACCUGAAGGAAAUCGGCGUGACGGCCACCUGGCUGUCGCCCAUCUACAAGUCGCCCAUGGCGGACUUUGGCUACGACAUCUCCGACUUCUACGACAUCCAGGACGAGUACGGCACCCUCGACGACUUCGACGAGCUGAUCGUGGAGGCCAACAAGCGGAACAUCAAGAUCAUCCUGGACUUUGUGCCCAACCACUCGAGCGACGAGAACGUCUGGUUCCAGCGGUCGGUGAGGCGGGAGAAGGGCUACGAGGACUACUACAUGUGGCACGAUGGCUACACCAAUGCCACCACUGGGGCACGGGAGCCACCCUCCAACUGGCUGCAGGCCUUCCGCGGCAGUGCCUGGGAGUGGAACGAGGAGCGGCAGCAGUACUACCUCCACCAGUUCGCCGUCAAGCAGCCGGAUCUCAACUACCGCAAUCCCGCCGUGGUGGCCCAGAUGAAGCGCGUGCUGACCUACUGGUUGGAUCGCGGUGUGGCCGGAUUUCGCAUGGACGCGGUGCCCUGGUGCUUCGAGGUUCUGCCCGACGCCGAGGGCCGCUAUCCCGACGAGCCGCUGAGUGGCUACACGGACGACCCGGACGAGUCCGCCUACCUGAAGCACAUCUACACCCAGGACCUGCGCGAAACAGUGGAGAUGGUGUACCAGUGGCGCACACUGCUGGACGACUACCAGCGCAUCCACGGCGGCGACACGCGGGUUAUCAUGGUGGAGACCUACUCGGGCCUGGACUACGUGAUGCAGUUCUAUGGCAAUCGCACCACCAAGGGGGCGCAAAUGCCCUUCAACUUCCAGUUCAUCACUGGCGGCAAUGGCGACAAGAACAACACUCGGCUCAAUGCGGCUGGCUUUGUGAAGAUCAUCAACAGCUGGCUGACGCAGAUGCCCGCCGGACAAACGGCCAACUGGGUGAUGGGCAACCAUGACCAGCGGCGGGUGGGCAGUCGCUACGGUGAGAACCGCAUCGAUCUGAUGAACAUGCUGCAGAUGUUCCUGCCCGGUGUGAGCAUCACGUACCAGGGCGAGGAGCUGGGCAUGACGGAUCUGGACAUCAGUUGGGAGGACAGCCGAGAUCCGGCGGCCUGCAAUUCCAACUCGCAGAUCUACGAGCAGUUCACCCGCGAUCCCGCGCGCACUCCCUUCCAGUGGAGCGACGAGGCCAACGCGGGAUUCUCCACGAACGCCACCACCUGGCUGCCCAUCAACCCGAACUAUGUGACCGUAAAUGCGAAGGCGGAGAGUGCGACGAGUGCCAGCCACUUGAGCCUGUACAAGCAGCUGGUGGAGCUGCGCAAACUGAAAACCCUCCAGUUGGGCGCCACUCGAUAUGCGAGUGUGGGUGACAAUGUGGUGGCCAUCAAGAGAUCUCUGAGUGGGCAGGCCACCUACGUGCUGGUGGCCAAUGUGCUGGACACAGCUGUCUCGGGACUGGACAUUUCCAGUGCUGUGUACGCCACCGGCAGCUACAAGAUCAAGCUGCUCAAUCCGCAGGCCAAGGCCACAGUUGGUGAUGCCGUUUCGCUGAGCAACUUGUCGCUGGAGCCAUACGCAGCCCUGAUUUUGGAGUCUGUCUAGGGUUUACAUAAUCAUAAGUUUGAAAAGAACAAUACAUACAUGGUGUACACGAAGAA